CGGGCAUCUUCGUGACGCCCACGGGCGUGCUCAAGGAGGCGGGCUCGCCGGGACUGUCGCUGGUGGUGUGGGCCGUGUGCGGCGUCUUCUCCAUCGUGGGCGCGCUCUGCUACGCCGAGCUGGGCACCACCAUUUCCAAGUCGGGCGGCGACUACGCCUACAUGCUCGAGGUCUACGGCUCGCUGCCCGCUUUCCUCAAGCUCUGGAUCGAGCUGCUCAUCAUCCGGCCCUCCUCGCAGUACAUCGUGGCACUGGUCUUCGCCACCUACCUGCUCAAGCCGGUCUUCCCCACCUGCCCGGUGCCCGAGGAGGCCGCCAAGCUCGUGGCCUGCCUCUGCGUGCUGCUGCUCACCGCCGUGAACUGCUACAGCGUGAAGGCCGCCACACGGGUGCAGGACGCCUUCGCCGCCGCCAAGCUGCUGGCGCUCGCCUUGAUCAUCCUGCUCGGCUUCGUCCAGAUCGGGAAGGGUGACGUGUCCAAUCUGGAUCCCAAGUCCUCCUUUGAAGGCACCAACCUGGACGUGGGGAACAUUGUGCUGGCCCUGUACAGCGGCCUCUUUGCCUACGGAGGAUGGAAUUACUUGAAUUUCGUCACCGAGGAGAUGAUCAACCCCUACAGAAACCUGCCCCUGGCCAUCAUCAUCUCGCUGCCCAUCGUCACGCUGGUGUACGUGCUGACUAACCUGGCCUACUUCACCACCCUCUCCACCGAGCAGAUGCUCACGUCGGAGGCCGUGGCUGUGGACUUCGGGAACUACCACCUGGGCGUCAUGGCCUGGGUCAUCCCCGUCUUCGUGGGCCUGUCCUGCUUCGGCUCUGUCAACGGCUCCCUGUUCACGUCCUCAAGGCUGUUCUUCGUGGGAUCCAGGGAGGGCCACCUGCCCUCCAUCCUCUCCAUGAUCCACCCCCGGCUCCUGACCCCGGUGCCCUCCCUUGUGUUCACGUGUGCCAUGACGCUGCUCUACGCCUUCUCCAAGGACAUCUUCUCCGUCAUCAACUUCUUCAGCUUCUUCAAUUGGCUGUGCGUGGCCCUGGCCAUCAUCGGCCUCAUCUGGCUGCGCUACAGGAAGCCCGAGCUGGAGCGGCCCAUCAAGGUGAGCCUGGUGCUGCCCGUGUUCUUCACGCUGGCCUGCCUGUUCCUCAUCGCCGUGUCUUUCUGGAAGACACCUGUGGAGUGUGGCAUCGGCUUCGCCAUCAUCCUCAGUGGGCUGCCAGUCUACUUCCUGGGUGUCUGGUGGAAGAACAAGCCCAAGUGGCUCCUCCAGGGCAUCUUUGCCACGACCGUCUUUUGCCAGAAGCUCAUGCAAGUGGUGCCCCAGGAGACAUAGGCAGGGGGGGGGGGGGGGGGG